AGCUAUUGUCAAGGAGGAGGGCCCACCCUCGCCUUUCAACUUCAACGGGUCUCGCAAUAUCGAUCCGCCUCAGCGUUGCCCUCCGGGACUGCCGCUCACUCAUUCCUCGAGGAUAUCAGUCCUGGUCAACAAAGUCCUAUCUACGCACCCCGUACCUCUCCAUCACCAUUCUUGUCCUACAUCGCUCAUCGGUCCCUGGUCGCAGGGCGACAAUGUCCAUGACUAGCCAGGCGAGACCUCACUUUCCUCCACCUCAACAUCAACAGAUACAGUCCUAUCCUUCAAGCAAUGGAGGCUUUGGCUCGCCCCCUUCGCCGCUACAGACUGCUACCUCGCAUGAUCAGCAGCAGCAACAGCGGAACCAAUCGGUCUCGACUGAUCUGGCCUCAGCUCAAGCGGACUCUUCUCAGCAGCCUUGGACCUACUCCUACGACUCGGUACCUCGACCGCAUGAGCAUUCAGAAUGGAAUCAGUAUCCGAAUGCACAGCAUCAGCAGCAGCACAUGAGCAUGCAGCAGCAGCAACAGCUUGCACAAGACCAACUGGUCCAGCACUACCAACAGGGCUCGUCGCCCCCUCCCCCUCAUAUGGCCAUGAGCGUUCACCAAGCCCAGCAGCAGCAGCAGCACGUGCAGGCUAUGCCUCCCGGACAGCAAGCAAUGCAACAAUUCCAGCAGCAGCAGCAUCAACAUCAGCAGCAUCAACAUCAGCAGCAUCAGCAUCAGCAGCAACAGCAGCUUCAACUCCAACAGCAACAGCAACAGCAACAGCACACCUUUGCUGCUCUCCCAGCAAACGCCAUGGGUCCUUCCAUGACUUUUCACCGGAGCAGCCUUCCUGCCUCGUUCGGUUCUGCCCCAUCUGAAUACUACGGUCCGGCAGACCCCGCCUACGUACAGCACCGUGCAUCUCUUGUCGGUCCUACUGCCUGGCUGCCUGGCAAUUACCCUUUCGAGCCUCAGGGUGGCGAAGUGAUGCCAGACAUGAUGACGGUGGGGGGUCACCACCAGCCUCGAAAGCUCAGUGUGACUGAGAUGCCAAAUGGCUCACCUUCGCGCUCACCGACUAGUAGUGGCAAGGCCAGGAAGCGUCAACGCUCGCCCACUCGCGAAGAUCCACUUGGUGGUCCCGCUCCGAAGUCUCUAGCCAAACGUAAGAACAGCGACGCUCGAGUCACCGAUCGAGAUGGAACUGCACCUACCACCAUCUUCCAAUGCCGUGGAUUCGGAGACUGCAACAUGACCUUCACUCGAAGUGAGCAUCUGGCUCGACACAUCAGGAAGCACACUGGAGAGCGACCUUUCGGCUGUCACUGUGGAAAGGCUUUCUCUCGUCUGGACAAUCUUCGGCAACACGCUCAGACUGUUCACUCGGACGAGAGCGAGCGCAACGAAUUGAUGAUGUCCGAGCUCACCAAUCUCCAUGCACACCUGGCGGCUUCGGCAGCUCGAGACCAACAUGCGCAAGCCUUCCUGCAGCGAGCCGAAGGACAAGGCGCUGUCGUCAGAAAGCAUAGAGGCCCCAAGAAAGGUGGCAAGAACGGCAACGAGGACGGUACUGCUGCACAGAUGGGCCACAGCUCUGCUUCUCCCACUUUUCCUCAACCUCAUUCUGCGGGCUUCGUUCAGCAUGAUCCAAGCUACAUGGGCGGUGCCGGACCGCACUUUGGACCACGGGCCGACGGCAUGGCGGUCUCUCAUCUUCAGCAGCACCCUCAUAGAGUCCAUUACGACUUGCACCAGUUUGGUCCUUCAGCUUCUUCUAAUGCGGUUCAGCGCAUUCCGGAGUCUUCAGACUCAACAGCGUACCCUUAUGGCACUGCAGCUGAUGCUGAGAUGCACCACAUUGGUAGCCACAACAUGCGCGUCGCUCCGUCGGUGGCACCUCCACCGCCAGGAUACAUUCACGUCUCCUAUGGGGACGGUCUCGUGCUGCAGCAGCAGGCAAACCCACAGCAGCUAUACAGUCUAGGACCAGAUGCGGGCGCUAUCGGCCCUCAUCAGAAUGUCAGUCCAUACCAGGAGGCCAGGUAUCCUCAUUCGGCGCCGAUUGUUGGAGGUACAGGACCAACGAUGUCAUAUGCGAUCGAGCAGAUUCCCCAACAUCUCCAGCAACAAGCUCCUCAUCAGACCGGUGCUCAGUCGAAAGCGGACAGCGAAGCGACCACACGCGCUCAGAUCAACGACGAGCACAAUGUCCACCCAGCCUACAAUUCACUGGAUGCGGCACGUGGCGAGUCUCACACGCAUAGCAAGCUCUCAAGGCGGCGUCCGACCGAUGACUGCUUCUGGUGAGCCAGCAAUCCUGCUGCCGCCCUUGUCGAGCCUCAGUCGCCCCACCACAGCAAAGAGCACUGCCGAUGCUCUCUCGGCGGUAAAGCAGAUUCCUUCCUCGAGUGUCAUUGCAACGCCUCCACACAAGGCAGCUACUAGUGGAACAGCAAGUGUAAGCUGGGGCACAAAGACGAUCAUCGAAGGACGUUCUCGUCCUCCGACUAGCUCUGGAGAAUUGGAAGCCUCGAUGCGCUUCCAUCGUCGCAACUCGAUGCUCGAUCUACCCGAGAUGGGUCUGCACAGGAUGAGUCGGCCCGUGACGAGCAGUAGAGCCGAAUCCUCUUCAUCACUCAGUGGACAAAUGCGCCCUCCCGAGGCUGUGGGCAGUACGAGUAUCCUCCCGCCUCCAUCGCGCUCCGGACGAGCUUUUGGCUCCUUUGAUGGCUACACA